AUGGCCUGCAUCCAUUCGGAAGCUUCAGAUAUUAGCCCUCCAGGGCCCUUCCAAUCGGUUUAUCGAGAAGACUGUACCCAGUGUUUUGAUUCUAUUGAUGAUGCUUCCGGCCUUAACGUCUGCCUUCAUUGCUUCAAUGGUGGCUGUGCUGGAGACCGGGAUCAUGCCCGGCUUCAUUUCCGGCGCUUCGGCCACUCUUUGGCGUUGAACAUCAAAAGAACCCCAAAGCAGAUUCAGCGUGACGAACCCCCGCCGAAAAUCUCGAAGCUCGCAAUCGCCGCCGAAACCGAGGCGGAUCGUUACGAUAUCGUUACAUCUGUGAUAUGCUACUCAUGCGCUGAAGACAAUGUGGAUAAAACACGCGGCAAUCUUCCCGCGACGGUUGAAGGUGUUAUGAAUGCCAUGACAUUUUCCAAGAAAGAGGAAGUCAAGGCAUGGGAACAGGAGUUCAUUCCUUGCGAGCAUACUUUGUGUUUGGACCAACAUGAGAUUGAGAAUGUGGAGUCCAAAGGUGAGUCAUUCAAUCGAUCGAAUUGGAUUAUGACGAGGCUCAUUAAGAUCGCAGAUUCAAGUCAAUGCUCGGCGUGUGAUUUAAAGGAAAAUCUAUGGCUCUGUCUGGAGUGCGGAAAUGUCGCUUGUGGACGUAGCCAGUUCGGCGGGAGUAAGGGAAAUUCACAUGCUGUCGCUCAUGCAGACUCGGCAUCGCAUGGUGUUGCUGUGAAGUUAGGUUCCAUCACAGCCGAAGGAUCCGCCGAUAUAUAUUGCUAUAAGUGCAAUGAGGAACGGACAGACCCGGAACUUGCCAAUCACCUUGCACACUGGGGAAUCUAUCUGGCCGGGCGUGAGAAGACUGAAAAAAGCUUGAUGGAAAUGCAAGUCGAGCACAACAUGCAGUGGGAGUUCGCCAUGACCAACGAGGACGGACGCGAGCUAUUACCGGUCUAUGGUCCUGGAUUUACUGGGCUAUCCAACCUUGGCAACAGCUGUUAUUUGUCAAGUACCUUACAGUGUAUUUUCUCCACUCAAGGGUUCCAGGAGCGAUUCUACUACCCUUCUAGCGAACCUCCGCAGACCGAUACUCCAGCGCAAGACCUUGAGACACAAAUGAGGAAGUUGGCGGAUGGCCUGCUUUCGGGUCGUUAUUCUCGACCGGAUCCACGCAUUGCUGCGUCCUCGGGUACACCAGAGAGUUCGCAUCAGAAGGGACUGGCCCCGGCAAUGUUUAAAUACUUGAUCGGGCAGGGCCAUGAAGAGUUUGCAACUAUGAGACAACAAGAUGCCUUUGAGUUUCUUCUUCAUGUGUUCAAGUCAAUCAGCUUAUCAAAUCACCCCGAGGGUAAAGUGAACCCAGUUCAAUAUUUCCGAUUUCAGGUGGAGCAACGGCUUCAGUGUCUCGGCUGCAAAAAGGUCCGAUACAAGGUCGAUGAGCAAGACAAUAUCUCUGUUGCAGUGCCGGCGCGUCGUCUUGAAUCAAGCACGGAUCGCUUUGAGCCAGUGACAUUGACCGAGUGUCUUGACAUUUUCACUGCGGAUGAAAUAGUUGAGCUUAGUUGCCCGGCAUGCGAGAGUGGCCUUGGAUUUUCCAAACGGUCUUCCUUCAAGACUUUACCGUCCGAACUAGCGGUCAAUGCCCGGCGGUUCGAGUUGGUGAACUGGGUUCCCACCAAGCUUGAUAUUCCCGUGAUCGUGGAUGACGCACCUCUAGACUUUGGACCCUAUCUCAGCAAAGAACAUGAUGAGUUUGAGGAGCUACUCCCUGAGGAGGUUGCGGAGACAGCUACUUUCACUGCCAAUCCUGCCGGCAUGGAUCUGCUUUUGAGCAUGGGUUUCCCUCAACCAAGGUGUGAGAAGGCCCUCCAUGCAACUGGGAAUGCAGACCCAGAGGCUGCCAUGAACUGGUUAUUUGCACACAUGGAAGAUCCCGACAUCGAUGAGCCUCUGGUCUUAGCUAGCAAAUCGGGAGAUUCGCCACAGGAUGAAGGCAAAGUGGCUCAGUUAGGCGAAAUGGGUAUUGACGCUGCCAGAGCCCGGAAAGCUUUGGCUGCAACAGAUGGCGAUGUCAAUCGGGCUGUAGACUGGGUCUUCACCCAUCCUGAUGAUGGAAUGGGAGACCAGUUCGACACAAAUACUAAUGAUGCUCCAGCCCAGCAAGACACACCUGGCUUUGACAGCUUGCCAGCUUCUUACCAGUUACGAUCUAUUGUGUGUCAUAAGGGCACAUCCGUGCAUGCAGGGCAUUAUGUGGCCCUUGUUCGUAAGAUGCUUCCGAACCAAAACCAGCUUUCAUGGGUGAUGUUUAAUGACGAGAAAGUUGUCAAGUUUGACGACAUUGAGGGCAUAAAAAAGACCGCCUAUAUGUAUUUCUUUACUCGGGUCUAG